AUGGGUGACAGCACAAGUCAAGACUGUGUCCUGGAAAGUCAGUCUUCAUCAGUUGAGGUCAUGCCAAGUGGUCAUCGUUGCAUCUCUGGUGAUUCUCAUCCAGAAUGGCGAUCGUCGGAGCAAGUUGAGAAUGGGAACCCAUCUACAUCUCCUUCCUACUGGGACACUGAUGAUGAUUCUGGUAUGCACUUAUCAUUCCAUUUUUUAUGUUGAAAUGUAAUUUUUGCUGUGUUUCAUUGUUGCCCAAGGAAAGACAAAAUGUGUUCCAACAGUGGGUUUGUGUCAUUUUAUUUGGUGGCAGUAAACUUCUUCUGUGAUGUGUUUCUGCCACAUUUGACCAACUCUUUGAGCCCGAAAGAAACAUUUUGAUAUAUGUUUGUAUCUUUUUAUUUCAUCAGCAUAAAUAAUCUUUGAUUCAGUGGUCGUGAUAAUGUCAAUAUCACUUUGAAGUGCAUAUUACACCAUGGAUGCAAAUUAUUGUUACGAUCAAGCGUUAAUAGCAUGGUUUACGAUUGGAUUCUCGGGCCAAGCCUUAUGAUCCUUGGGGUCAAACAAUCCUUUAAUUUAAACGUCUUAUUGUAGUUUGCUACGUGUUCAAUCUUCACUCUUGAGGCAUGAAGAAUAUCUGUCAGCAUUGGCUAUUUUCUGGGAUAAUACAUCAUACUCUUUAUAAGGAGAGUUCACAUGAUUCAGAUGAUUCAAUCUCAUAACAUGUUUUUGUUAGAUUCUUGGGCAAUGCCUGGACAAAUGUGUUGACCGAUAUUGGACAAAAAAUUUGCAUUGUAUGCAGAAUUUACUUUGGGUUCAACUUUUCCUUUUUUAGCCUUGGGAUUUGAGGUGUUUAUUGUUAGCAGGAAGUUUAUUUUGCAUAUAAUGAUGCUUGGCCUAUGUAGAAGAAGCACCAUUUAUGAUCAAGUAUGCCUAGUCUUUUUUGGUGCAUCAAUCAUAUCAGAAACUUUUUUUGCAACAAUUAUAUUUUAUGAAUUUCACGUGAACAACGUUUUCCGUCAUCUUGUGCAGAUAUACCUCUGAUUAAUUGAUUGGAAGACUGUCUUUACCAAUUGUUUGUUAUCAACGGGUCAUAUUACAUGUUCUGUUCUGUAUGAUAGGGAACAUUUAUGGAACUAUUCUUUUAUGAUCAAAUUAGUCUUUAUACUGAUAAUUUUAUUUUUCGGGUGAGUUUGAUUUCUGUUGCUCUUCUGAGAAUGUGUUAAUUGGGAGAGAAGAUUGAAAACUUGUCUCUGGAUUGUGUGUACCAUGCGAAAAAUACUGAAACGAUUUUUAGAAAUUCUUGAAAAGGGAGGUAUAAUAAGAUGCAUAAUUGUUAAGUCGAGAACAGUAGAUUUUGGUGGUAAAGUUACAAGUAAGAUUAUGGUAGAUCUUCACGUGAUGUACAGUAACUAAAUCAUGUUUUGCAGGAGGUAUCUUGAGGAAGAUGUUUUUCUGUAACCUUUGGGAAUUAACUAAAUCCGUGAGGGAUGUGGGAAAGAAACAUGUCUGACCGCUGAUUAAGGUUCCAGCAAGGAAUUUUAUCCCCUAUGUGACUAGUGGACUCAAUUUUGUGGCUCGCAAGUCUAGUCGAGUUGUAGCUGUAGAUGGCUUGCCCAGCUUAUUGACAUUGUGGUGACACCUUGGUCUAUAGAGUUGAUCAUCCUGAUAUCAUACUUAUCAUACUUUUCAAUCUGGAAAAAUGCCAUCUUGGAACAUAACGUUGCAAAGUGUAUGCUAGUUGAGUUGAUAGAAUUAAAUAAAUAUGUAGACAAAAUGUCAGCAGUGAGGUCUUUAUGGACAAUAAACUAGGUGGUUUUAUGUUGGUAUCAAAUAAUUUGCGAAUAACUGUUCAAUUUUUGAUAAAAUCUAAUGCAUGAUAAACUAUUCUCCAUUUAAUUCCUUCCCAUUGAAGCUCAUUUCUCUCACAGUACUUUGGAUUUUUUUUGAAAAAUUGAAAGUGAAGAGUUGUGUACAAUAUGCCGGUCUCUCUCUCUCCCCCCCUCUCUGCCUCCUCCUUUUGAUUCUCACUUUAAAUCUCUCACUGCGCAUGGCUGGCCAAAAGAUAUGUGCGAUGAUUCUUUCUUUAGACUGUAGUUUAACAAGGAUGUAUUUCUGUAGUUUAAUUUGAUGGCUGAUAUUUUUCCAGGGAUAAGUUGUGAUAAAUUACCUUCUGAUAGUUUUUUUCGGAUAUAGGAUGGGAUUGUAACUUUGUUGUAUAUUUUAUGGCCGAUGCAUUUGAAAUGAUUGGAACCCCGAUAUUGCCAUGUAGAUACCAUAUUUUUUAUGAUUGCUAGCUGAAGAACUGUAGGGAAGCAUUCUGACCUCACCGGUCUGUGAGAUCAGAAACUUUCCUUCUCUUUCUCCGGUAUUAUGAAAUGGUGGAGGCAGAAGAGCAGGAAUGUACGAAUUGAUGUUGAGGCUACUCAAUCUUCUCGCUUUGGACAGGUGGGAGGGAGGGAGAUUCUCAUCAGAUGAAUUGGAAACAUGUACGGACGCUGAUAAGUUUCGUGUGAUUAGUUGUCCACAACGUCAUGGAUGAGGGGAUAAGGAACAUAAAGGUUCUGGCCGUGACCUGGAUCAUGCUUUCAUGAUAAAUUUGGUGUCUCUAGAAGGAAAUAUCAUAUAAUUUUAGCGAGGUCUGUUGCCAUUCUGCGAUUACUGUUAUCAGUCUUAAAACUUUAAUUGGCAAAAAUGUAGUAUGAAAGAUGAAAUGCUACCCAAAAAGGUUCCCUUGCCGCUGUUGCCGAAUCUUGAAAAAAGUACCCAAACUGGAAUUCUUAAAUGUAUCGGUAAAAAUUUGAAUCUCUAAUGGGCAUUUUAAUGUCCCCGAGAUAACAAAAUUGGAUUUGCCAAGAAGUUGGGACUUAGUGACGAUUGAUAUGAACUGUUUUCGUGCUAAUUUUUAAGAGCAUUUGGAAGGUCCUUCCGAAUGGAAUCUGGAAAGCAUCGGUACAGUAGCUGUGGCAGGCAUCUUUUUUCAGCUUAUUGAGUGACAUCAUUCAGUUUCUUGAUUUUCUGCCACAUAAAAUCAGCCUGAAAUCUAAAUAUAGCAGCUCAUCCAAGUUGUUUAAAACUUUGAGCUACUUCUGUUGUCCCUAUUUUUUAGAGUGUGAACAAGUUCAGUAUUAUAAAUCAAUGGAGAACAGUACAUUAGGGGAGAAAUAACGACCAAUGAAAUAGAGAAAAAAAACUGGAGACAAGGGUACUUUUCACUUUUCACCUGUUAUAUGAGAUAUAUCUUUAUUUUAAAACAUUUUUUAGCCUUAUUACCUUUCACCCUUUUUACUUCAAGAAUGUGAUGAUUAUUUCUGAGCCUGUAUGUAUUAAAUGCUCUUGCAGGGCCGGGGCCUUCCGAUUUAUAUGGAAAAUUUACAUGGAAGAUUGAAGGUUUUUCUCAGAUUAGCAAACGAGAACUCCGUAGCAAUGUUUUUGAGGUUGGCGGCUAUAAGUGGUAUGUGCAUCUGAUAUAAAUGUUUCAUUAAGUGCACUUUACUUGUGCUUGCAUGCAUCGUUGUAAAUUUUCUCAGAUUUACUCCAUGGGGUAUGUGCAUUCAGUUUCUCCCUUUUUUUGUAAUCUCUAUGUUGUUGUGCUACGCGUUUGAAUUAAUUUCGGGAGAAUGUUAGUAUUAGAUCCACGUGGCAGUUAAUCUGGAUGUCACUUGUGUGUCUUUUUCUUGAGAUAUUUUUCCGUCUAAUUUGGGAUUUUUUUUCUCAUUCUUUUUACUGUAUGCCGUAUAUUCUAGAUUCUGGGUAUUCUCUGGGUAUUUCAUAUUUCUCAUGAGGUUGAAUACUUGUUUUUUUAAAAUGUCUUAGCAAUUACCUGAUGUUGAUAUUUUUAUUUCAGCAUGUUUUAGUGAAUACGAGGACUAAAAUUCUGUCCGUAUAUUCACAUUAGGAGCUAAAAUUGUCUUCCUGAGGAAUGUUUUAUUCUUCUAUAGUCCCUUGUGUGAUAUAAAAUUAUUAGCCUCUAAGUGGAAUUUUGACUACUUUUGGGAUAGAAAAAUACGCUUAAGAAUGUGUUUGUCGCACAUCAUAUCUGGAAUAACAUUCAGAGAUGCACUUUUCCGCUCAGCUUAGUAGAAAGAACAUUAUAUGAGACAAUGAACUGGGUGCGUGGUUUGGUUCUCUUGAGAGUUUGGUUUGCUCCUUGAGGUGAAUUUCUAACUCACUCACUGGUAUUCUUUCCGCAUACUGCCUGAUGACUCAAUGUAGCUUGUGUUUAUGGAGGUAAAUGCAUAAUGUGACUAUCUGGUUUCUUAAAGGUGGCAAUCCUGCUGGUCUAUAUCAAUUCCUUAAACAUUCUAUGGGGUGCUUUGAAAGUGCAAUAGGGGUAAGUAGUUAGGAGCAGAGGCUUAAAAUGUGGAUUGAUUAAGGACUUUCCCCUUAAGGAAUUUAUUUGUUUGAAUAGUAGAUAGGAUUGAACGAUCUAUAUAUUUAUGCUCAAUUUUAUCGAAAUUAGGACGCUAACAAGCAUCUUAUAGACAUUUCUAUGGAGUAAAGCAUGCUAAGUACAGUGGAGGUCUUUGCUCUGCCUUUUAUCAUACGUUUAAAAUUGAAAGUUCCCUUUGAUUGUAGGUAUAUUUUAAUCUAUCCUCAAGGAUGUGAUGUGUGCAAUCAUCUCUCUCUUUUCCUCUGUGUUGCUAAUCAUGACAAGUUGCUUCCAGGUUUGUGAUGUGUUAUUAUAAUUACUUUCUUAGUGGCUUAUGGUUACUUUGAUCUUUAUUCAAGCUCACGACUAUUGACAGGUUGGAGCCACUUUGCACAAUUUACAAUUGCUGUCGUGAAUAAGGAUUCAAAGAAGUCAAAAUAUUCUGGUUAGUUUUGAGUAUCCGGAUCCAACAUCUACCUUUUGAUGUUUCUUGUUUGCGCCAUAUCUGUAAUUUGUCAUGGUUUUUUUCAAUUUUUCAGACACACUCCACCGGUUCUGGAAGAAAGAACAUGAUUGGGGAUGGAAAAAGUUUAUGGAGCUGUCAAAAGUGUCCGAUGGGUUUCUUGUUGAUGAUGCUCUAGUGAUCAAGGCCCAAGUUCAAGUCAUCAGGUAAUUAUUUGAAGUCCAAUAGCAUGAUGAUGCAUUUUUAUCUGUAAAAGGUUCUCAUCUGUUAGCUUUCUUAGUUGAUUUGUGGCAAGUUCGCUGAGUGGUUGGGAAUUUGAUGUACGUGAAAGAGUGUGAACCUGUCAUUUUAAGAGCUUACAAAACGUUCUUCUGCCAUUCCCUUUUUACUGUUUGUGAUCAUGUGCUGAAAAAAAUAGGGAAGAAAUUAUCAAAGAUCUAACGCUCAGCCAUGCUCUAUGAGUUACAUCAAGCUUAGUCUUGCCUCAAUGUAGAUCAAUUCCAUUAAGAUGUUGAGUGUUUGUGAGGCUAGUGGUUACCAAACAGAACAUUUCCAUCUGCAUUGUCAACUGUUAGUGGUUUAAUAACACAUCAUUACUUCAGAUAAGCAUUUAUUGAGACAUGCCAAGACUUAAUCUGAAAUUGAUCUAUAUCUCUGAAUGACUUUGUUCUUAGGUUGUGUAACAAUGAACAUACUUCACUUCAGAACUUGUGUACUGCUUGAUCUAUAAGAUUACAUAGCCUGUUUGCAUGCCAGCUGGCGUGGACUAGCUACUAUCCAUAGUUCAUUAUUGCUCAUGCGGUUCUCUCUUUUUGUCUAUUCACAAAGAGGCGCACUGGUCGCUUGGGAUUGAUCUGGGGAUGAUGAAUUGCUUGAAGAAUUUACGGGUUGAAAAUAUUUUCCAGACUCUCUAGGACAUUUUGUCGAGUUCACAAGCAAAAACAUUGUCAUUUUGGUGCAAUCAAUAUGUAAACUUAUAUCUUAACCAGUGGUCCAAUGCUCGUGGGGCACUGGGGUCACUGUCUGCCUAUUGUUGAAUCUUUGAAUAAAUCUGCGCGAGUUUUGGUGGUAACGAGGUCAUUUUUAUCAUUGCACUCCAAGUUGACGUUUUGCCAUUUGUAGGCUCGAAGGCCAAAAGCUGAUUUUUACUUGAGGGGUGUUUUCUGUCCAUUGAUGUGGGACUGAUCUGGUAAUUCUUUGUUCAGGUGACAUGAACUAGAGAAACUUGAUUAUCUUGUAACAACUGGCAACAAAAGAAAAACUUUGGAUUAUUUCUGAGCGUAGGUUAUAACUAAACACCAGGGAACUGUUCACCUUAAUUACAGAUGCCAUAUUCUGUCAGCAUACACACAUUGAGUUAAUCUCAAAACCAUUGAGUUAGGUUCUCCUUCAUGACUUGGUCAAUCUAAUGGAAUGUGUUUCUCUACCUGCUAAACAACCGUUUGCUUCAUCUUACUUGCUUUUUUAACAAUGCAAUCUAGGGGGAAAUAAGAAAUGAGGGAAAAUAUCUUCUUGAUUGUUUUUGUAUACAAUGAGUGAAAAUUACUACAUUGAUGUAUGAUUUCCUUAUACUUGUUUUAACUGAAUGAACUUGGGUUUCUUUCUCUGAAUUUCUCUUCUUUUUGAAUUCAGAAUCUGAUUGGGAUAAAAACAUGAUUUAUCUUUAUUUUUCCAUUCCGUGAUCAUGGGAGAUUUAUUGCCAAAUAUUCUCGUUUAUUUUCAGGGAGAAAGCGCAUCAUCCAUUCCGUUGCCUUGAUUGUCAGUACAGGAGAGAGCUUGUUCGGGUUUAUCUGUCAAAUGUAGAGCAACUGUGCAGACGUUAUGUUGAAGAGAAGAGGGGCAAAUUUAUUAAGAUAAUAGAAGACAAAGUUAGGUGGUCAAGGUCGGACACAUAAUCUUUGAUACCUAUUACCUUUUAAUAGUAUGAAAAGCAGGCUUCACCAACCUUUAAAUUUUCAUUUGCUUAUUGCAUGUGUUCUGUGUUCUUUUUUGUCAGUUUCCAUGACUUCUGGUUAGGAACUGACCACAAUACUAGGCGACGGAUGUCACGUGACAAAUCUGAAACCAUACUGAAAGUAGUUGUUAAGCACUUUUUUAUAGAGAAUGAAGUCACGUCAACUUUGGUGAUGGAUUAUCUCUACAGUGGUUUGAAAGCUCUUGAGUACCAGAGCAAGAGCAAGAAAGGAAGAGCUAAACUGUUAGAAAUGGAGGAAAUGCCAGAACCUUUUGUCCUUGUUGAGAAAGAUGUAUUUGUUUUGACAGAGGAUGUGCUGCUGGUGCUUGAAAGAGCUGCUUUGGAACCAUUGCCUCCUAAGGAGGACAAGGGUUCCCAAAAUCAGAACCGUAUUAAGGUAUGAUGCGAACCUUGUUGUAUACCUUCUCGUUAUGUUUUCUUAAGGAGCGAAAUGAGUGUCCAGGUUCAGUGUGUUCAGCAUUGGACUAAAAGCAAGCUUUCAUAAGAGUAACUAAACCCAGCAUUGGACAGCGUUUCCUUUUUUAUCUUUUGUGUAACUGUCAAAGUAGUAACUGACUUUGCAUAAGAGUAUGCUUGGAAGGUGUAUUUGUAUUGUGGCAUUGUUAUCACCUGUUUUUCUUAUAACUGUGUCUUCAAUAUAUGUCGUCUUUCCAGGAAGGCAACUCUGGGGAAGAUCUAAGUAAAGAUUCUAUUGAGCGUGAUGAAAGGCGCCUUACAGAGCUUGGACGUAGAACAGUGGAGAUAUUUGCUUUGAACCAUAUUUAUAGGUAGUCUUUUACUCACCUUUGUUUCUUCUAAAACAUGGCUUAGUUUUCAUAUUUUGACUUCAACAUUACCCUCACUCAACGUUUGUUUGGUUGCAAAAGGACCAUGCCAGGAUCUUCCGGGAAGCUUUUUGUUUUUAUUCGGCUGAUAGGAAGAUGCACAUUUCUCGUAUAUCCUUGUGCUCAUUUUAAUCCUUUAAGGUAGUAUUUUUUUAGUGUUUCUAUAACAUGGCCUGGAGGACUAGGCAGCCGAGAGACCGAUAGCAGUCAGGCUGCAUAGGUAGCUGCAGAUGCUUAUGAACUUGUGUGCACAAAUGUGUGCACACAUUCUCCAGGCUGCUCAAGUUAUCAUUCCAUAAUCCUAAAAUACAAAACACACAUGUAUAUAAUUGCCUUUUUUGUCACUACUUAUUCAAAACGCUCAACAAGCAGUUUAACGUAAUGUAAUAUUCUUUGGAAUGGUUAUUCUCGUGUUGCUUCCUAUGGAUUGCGUUUCAAAUUUUGUCAUUUCGUAAAAUUGUCUUUUUUCGAAUUUUAUUAUGUCUGCAUUUGCAGAUAUUUUAAAAGUAAAAGAAUAUUUUAGAUGUAAAGUCGGUGAUAGGAAAGUGCCUUGCUUUGGUCUCCUUAAUGAUUGGUGUUGUUUUGUUUCCCACCUUCUGGAGGGGAAAAUUGUUAAUUCUACUUAUCCUUUCUACUACAUAUUACAUCCUUUAAGUAGUUAUAUAAUGAAUGUGAAAAAAGUUUAAUAAUAUGCAAGAUUUUAAUCAUGACAUGGGGAAUCCUGGUCAGCAGAUUUAUGGCCUAAGUUUGAAAGGUAUUAAGGAGAAAUCGAAGCAUAUCAGAUACAAUUGGCUUCUUAAUACUUCUUUAGUGAUCAGUUCUGAUGCAAGUCUGAUAAUGAGGAGAUGAAUGUUGCAGAAUUGGCUUAUGGUAGAUACCUUUGAGGAGACUAUAGGGGUUAAUGUAUUGGUAUGUUAACCCAUGAAGAUUUCUCGGGAAACCUAUUAUUCUGAACUUGGUAGCUUGGAUGAAACACUGUGGUUGGGCUAAGUCUGGAGCAGUAGCAUAGAGAUUUUAAUCUCUCAAAUUCUGUGCAUGUAGGUUUUUUGUAGUUAACAUUAAGUUAACAUAUAUUUACUUGGACAAUCUGUUGUGUAUGUACAGCUCAUCUUUAGGUUACAUUGUGUUUCAAACUGAUGCACGAGGUUUCCUACUUCUAGUUUUCAAAUUUUUAUGGUCCAGUGACAGAGAAUUCCGUUCUGCUACCUUGGUUGCAACCUGAAUGGAGACACCAAAUUCUGCAAGCUGGCUUUUUGCAAGUUAUGAUUUGGCUAUUAGGAGACAGGUUUUUAAAAGUCUAACAUACUUUUGCUAUCUUUCUAAAAGGCUUUUAAUAUCUUGAGAAGACGUUAAAACCUUCUAAUUUUUUUUUCCUUGUAAAAAACUUGCCUUUUUUUGUAAUCCUCUUUGAAUUUGGGGUUUUAUUGGUUUUUUAUUGUCUGGUAGAAACAUAUAUCUUUUCAAUUGUUGCCUUGGCUGCUGCAAUGUUUUAAUUUUUUUUUUAUGUCCAAGCAGCAUGAUUGAGGUCGCCUACCAAGAGGCAGUUGCCCUGAGAAGGCAGGAAGAGCUUAUUCGUGAAGAGGAGGCAGCAGGACAAGCUGAAAAUGAAUUGAGGUCCAGGCGCAUUGCUGCUGAAAAGGAGAAGCGAAUGAAGAAGAAGCAGGUUGGAUGCCCCAGAAAAAGUUUUUCCUUGUAGUUAUUUCUAUUCUACAUUUCUCAUAUGGCUUGCCCAUGUAUAGUUACGUUUCCAUGCUUUUGCAAUUUGAAAUAAGUUCACGAAAAAUUAUUGAGUGAAUUGGCUUAUGCUUGGUGACUCUUUAUAAUGUACUCUUUAUAAGUAUUUCUACCAUACGGAUUGUUAGUUACAGUGAAGCUGAGGGUUUUUCGUAUGAAAGUAGCAUAAUGACAAUGAAGCUGAAGAGAAUUUUGGUGACAAUUUGUCCCCUAUUGACGUAUUUGAUUGCGUUUGUCUAGUAACUGUUUAGGAAGUUUUUCUGUCUCAAUGCAACGGGUCUACACUUGGCACUUCUUUGUAUGAAGAUAUUUAUAUAGAUUCUAUUUUUGCAAACGCGUUCAGAAUUAUAUUGGGUUCAGCAUAGGAAAAAACAGUUUUCUACCCUUUUUUGGAUGUUCCAGAUGGUUGAAUCUAGGAUAUCUAUCUCUCCCAUUUUUUUGUCAUUAAGAAGCAAUGUGGCCUUAAUUUAGUUAACAAAUUGAUCUUUUGGCUUACUUCAAUUUAAGUUGGGAGAGAUUCCAAUGCUUACUGGCUGAUCAUCACUGUCAUUCGCUGAAUAUUUCUGCCAUAUCCCACUGGAUAGUUACUCAACAGAACUCCAAAAAAGCCUUCAAAAGUUCCUGGCCCAUCAAAUUUCCCAUAAUAUAUUGAACCUGUAUUGUUAUGACUUAUGUCAUCCACCUAAGUCUGAUUAUUGUUGUCCAAAUAGAUAGUUUGUGUUUUCAGACUAAUGAGUCAGUCUGAUUCAAACUUGGACACCAUUAAUCAGUCGUCAUAAUGAUGUAGGUUAACGAACAUAGGUUAUUCAUUCGUAUACCCUAAUAGGUAAGUCGUAUAUCUAAUCUGACAUCAUGGUGUUUUUCGUGCAAGACUAACUUGAUGUUUAACAUCUUAGUUUUGGAAGCAACCAGAACCAACUGCAGUGUGGUGCAGGUGAUGAAGAAUGAUCUAACAUGAUUCACUAGUUGAAUAAAAUGGCUUGGAUAGGCUAUCACAGGCUAAUGCUGCUGAUUAAGUAAUACUUUGUGUUCGUUUUCUAAUCAGAAUAGAUUUCGCAGUUUCAUGACUUGAAUUAUCGUCAUGUGAUAUUUCUAAUCUUCAUACACCUGAAAAGAAGUUCUACUGGUUAGUGCAUACUUUGAGGCUGAAGAAUGCACGCUAUGUUUGUUACACAUGGAUCUGUGUCCGUUAUCCGCGUUCAGAAAGUUGGCCUGAAAGUUGACUGACAAGCAUCGUUGAAUCAUGUUCGAAACCGAUUGGUCCAUAGGAAAACAGGCAUAUCCGGGGACAGAAGAGACUUAUAAAAGAGAAGAUAAUGGAAAAGAUGAUUAAGAAUGGGUGCCAAUCCAAGGGUAUGUUCAUGUUUAAAGUGUAGAAAAUUGGGCUGGAAUUGUGUGACAACUCACAGUGUUAAGUUCAUCUUUGAAACUGAUUGGUUUCAAUGGAUAAGAAUCAAAUCAGUACAGAUAAGAAUAAUGUCGGGGGAGCGAGAAGAAUUGAAAAGAUAGAGGAAGAAAGGAAGAACUACUCCUGACAUUAGCUGCAAAAUACAAUUCAUUGAAUGAAGGAAAAUAUAUGCCUAGAGGAAAAAUAGGAUGAUGCAUUGUUAGGACUGAAAAUAAUUACACAUCUUUCAUUUGAGGUUCAUCUGAAAUGUUCACAGAAUUGUAAAAUGUGGACGAUACAAUUAACUUGAUAUUGCUCUAAUUUAUUUUUGUUGAAUGUCAUGAUUGUUUAGCUCAUGUAUUCAGUCAUUUCGGCUGCUGACUGUGAACUUAAAUAUCAACUUUGGUGAUAACCUGCUGAGGCUGUUGCAGUCCUUGCCCUGAUGGAAUUGACUUUGACCAACACAAGUUUCAUUUUUUUUUACACUUACCAUUUCUGACAUGUAUUUGAACCAGAAGAACCAUGCUAUUCUUUUUUUGAGGAAAUUCCUCCGAGUAUAUUGCCAGAGUCUGUUUCCCAUAUUUUGCUUGUAUCUAUCUUUCAAAAUUAUGGUUAAUUGAAUAUCUUUCUUGUUGAAGCAACAUUUUAUUCUUCAUUUUGCCGUUGCACACUGCACCGAAAUUAUGAAUUUAAAUUACAGCAACUGCACUUCUUACCGUAUAUGUUUUGUUCAGUAGGUUGUUUUUUACAUCCGAAGAGACACAUGUGUGUCCAUUAUGGGAUUUCAUUUUUUGAUCAUGAUCAUCAUUAUUGUCAUGUGGAAGAAUCCUGGAUUUCAAUUUUUUUCAUCUCACCAAUUUUUCUGUGUGCAUCUCGUUCCGAUUUAGAAUAGGGAAAGAAUUAGUGCAUUUUCACUGGCAGUCAUGAGAUGGCCUUUCAACUUUUCAUUUUACCUCCAGGUAAAACAGAAAAAAGGUAGUCGCAAGGGAAAAGACAAGGGCCGGUGUGAGAAGAGUGAUUCAACUACCAAGAAGCUCCAAGAGGAGAAAAUUUCCGCAGAAGUAUUUGAAGAGCUCCCAGAAAAUCAAGCUUCAAAUGUUCCUGAGAAGGUUAAAACAUUGGCAGGUGCUGCUGAUGGAUUUGCGGCAAUAGAUGAUGGUGAUGUGAGGCAUCAGCCCGAUUCAGAAGAGAGAGAGGCUAGCCCUACAACUUGGGACACUGAUGCAUCAGAAGUUCAUCAUGCUGUAGAGCCCAGAAACACUGAACUAGAAAGUGCACAAACUGAGAAAAAGAGCCCAAAUUCUGUGGAUGAUAGCUCAUCAACAUGUUCAACUGAUUCAGUUCUUUCAAUUGUGAUGAGUGGACCACACAAGGGGACUUCGCCAUUGAACAACAAGAUCUCAUGUUCACGUAGCAGGUAUCCAUAACCUCUGGUGUACUCUGUUUUACUCAAUACUCUUGUACUUCCGUCUGAUAUUUAAAUAAGCAAAAUUCCUCAUUAUCGAUUCAAUACGUUUUGGCAGGCGAAAGAAUCAGCGGUUCUCAUAUAAUCAAAAUUGUCAGCCUCAUGGUGUCAUUGAUAAGCGGCAAGCUGGCUUUACUCAUGCUGCUGCAACUCCUCAGCCAGACUCCGAGGCCAUUGAUUCCUCCAUGAGUGGGCAGAUGAAACACAUCGAGAAACAACCUAUUAAGGUAGAGACUGAUAAUAUGAAUUUUCUGUCUCAUGGAAGAGCUUUUUUGACUAUCUUUAGAUCUCCUCCUGUGGCUCUAAAAUAUGAAUUUCCGUUAAGUACAAUAACGUCAAAAUUGAUAGUUCAGCACGUAUCCAUGAAGCCUACUUCUGUACGAGCCUUGAUGAUUACUUGUAUUUUUCUUUUUCCCACACGAUCUGUUCUACAACUUUUUCACGAUAAACUGCCUUCUAAAAUUCUUUUGCGACCAGUUUCAUAUAGAAGGAAAUUUAAACCUCUCUCCAAUGCUGUUAGUGUAUAAGGGAUAGCCAUCUUUCGCUCAUUCUCAGUUUUUCUGAUGAUUCUUGUCCAUUCAGUUUCCUAUAAAAGGGAAUCAUGGCACCUCUGCAAUCCUUUUAGUGUGUAGUGAAUUUCCAUCUUCCCCUCGUCUUUUAUUCCUCUGGCUUUUCAGCCAACGAGUCUGGAGGUCUAAUCGGCGGCUAGUUACCACAGUGACUGCUGGCAGUCGGUCCAUUAUUGGGACCCGGCCAAUGCCUUUUCUGCGGGAUGUUUAGAAGUUUCUGUAGAAAUGUUUGCAGUGCUUAUGGCAGAAACAUGGCCCACAUCAGGAUUUGUCAUCGUAGCAUAAUUGUACCUACUUCCAUAACCAGUCUUGGACAAAUUGGACAGCUGAGUGUAAUUAUUGUAUUAUGUUUGUUAUUAAUCCUUUCAAUUAACUUCUUUGUUGCAAUAUAUAGAUACGACGAUCCAUAAGUGAUGGCAAUAUGUGUCAUAUUUUCUUUCAGAUUCUAUUUUAUUUAAUUUCUCCAUGUUCUGUUGGGUAUGCAUUGUUUCCCAGAGCCUGGUAUCAGGUUGGAUACGACGAAAUUAUAUUUCUCCCUUCUAUAUAGUUCUACCAUUAAUUGUAUUUUGCUACUCGUCUGCCUUGAAUGCCUUAAAACGGUGGCUAAAUUAUCUCAGGAAGAAGUUGUGCCCCUGGAGAGAAAACACAGUAGGGAUGUCCAAGUUGAUUUGGAUAGGCCCUCAAUUCCAGCAAUGGGCGAGCAACCCUCUGGCACCAUCCCCACAAGGCAUUCCCCUACUUCUGAGCAGGUAAAGCUGAGAGCAGAAAGCAGCGGCACAAAGCAGACACCAGAACGGCAUAUCAUCAUGGGCGACGACCCUUUCACCACGAGUGAGCGUCCCUCGGACACACCAAAUACUACAACAGUCAGUGAGCCAUUGGGCAGUCCAGCUACUCCUGUGAUCGCCAAGGAGCCAUCAUCCGGCAGCAGGAGCCAAACUGGGAAAUCAUCGGCUGCCGCUGUAUCAAGGUCAAUUGCAGUCAUUGGAGCAGAAGUGAAAUCCGCAGUUAACAUGAAGAAUAUUAUCCUUGUACAUCAAGGCUCUGCCUCAUCGAGACUAUCCAGUGCUCCUCUCGUUCCCAAGCAGCAGCGGCUGCCAUCGAUGCCCCUUGCUUCAAGACCUCAACCAGUGCCUGUCUUAUCGCGUUCUGUCAGUGCAGCUGGUCGACUGGGAAUUGACCCAUCCCUGUCCACCCACAGUCAUGUUCAGUCUUACCGAAAUGCCAUCAUGGGUAUAACCACAGCGGGCGGAAGCCCACACAGUUGUGCUGCCAUCUCGGCGCCCAAUCACACAAGCCAAGCUCCUGCUUCAUCUGCCGAGGGAUCACCUUCCAUUGUGCCCUCUGUGUCGGCUCGUCCACCUGAAAAGUCCACUGCGACGGAGCAAACCUCGGUCAGACCGGAGCUCACUUUUGGGUCAGUAACUCCGGAGACAUUGCAGCAGCCCCCAAGCUUGUGGCCAGAGGAGUCCUUGCUGCUGGAGAGUAGCAGUGCGGCAGUGCUGAGUCCAGAUGCUGAAUGCGAUGUGGACUUUGCUGUUUGUGGGUCUUCUUCCUCGCGCAGGUACUCUUUAGAGGAAGAUUCUCCUGCUUCCUCAUCUGCCCAUCAAUUGCCAGCACAGGGAGUGACCCAGGAUGAGUUUCCUCAUAUAGACAUCAUAAAUGACUUGCUCGAUGAGGAGCACAGCACCGGAGAGGUGGACGCAAAUGGGUACCCUCUUCGCUCUUUUCCUGCCUCAAAUGGGAAUUAUUCGUUUCCAGAUGAUGCUUCAGCUGCUAUAAACGCAAUCCAUAGAAGCGAGCUCUUCAAUCUGGGGACUGAGCUCUAUGAACGGCUAGUCCAGAGGGAGUCUGCUUCUUAUGAUCGGCCACCUGCAAGCCAAAGGUCACGUUCCUCGCCGCAGUUUGAUCUUCCAGCCUACAUGAACAGCCAGAUUGAUGGGCCGAUUCAGAAGCAGUGGCCGUUGGGUGUUGCACGCCCUCCGGUGAGUUUGGGAACGGCAGCAGAUAACGAGUACUCUUAUCAUCAGGAUUAUCUGAAUUUGGUUCGUGUGUUGAAUGGAUACAACAAGUACCAUCGUGCGAAUGGGCACUGA